AUGUCGUUGCAACAACCUUGCAUUUCUCCUUAUUCCAUCGCCUUGCUGGUGCUUGUUCGUCUUGCUCUAGAUCAUCAAUUAUACGGCCCUUUGCAUGUUUCUGAUUUAGGCGACCAGCACGCUCAAUCUUCUGAUUCUGCUGAUAAUUCUGCUUUCACCACAUCUCAGAUCCUCUUGUUUCUAGGAGAUUGUCUCGAUUGUCUGGAUCUUUCUGAAAACUAUUUAGGUCUUAAAUACUUUUUAAAUAGUAUGGAUCUGUUUCGUGAUAAUGAAGAUGACUUGUCUGAUCAAAACGCAAAAUCAAGUCCGAUCGGACUCUUUGUAAACAAGAAUAUUGCAGCUUUUCAAACUCUUGAACUGGAUGGCUGGAUGGUUUUAAAUCAACAGUAUGAAGCGUUUUGUAAAGGGGAAUCUUUGGAUGAUAUAGGCAACUACCUCAAUCAUCUUAGAUCUGGAGAGAUAUAUCGUGCGUUAGAAGACUUGCGUCGGUUCAUUGACUAUAGUGUUGUUGGUGAUACCAACAAAAUACCCUUUCAGUAUGUAUCCCUCAAUAUGGCUGCUGUGCAUUCAGAAAUGGGUCAGCAUAUGGAGGCUUUAGAGUUUGUUUCAGAUGCACUCCGCUAUGCGAGAUUUGUUGGAGAUGACACAUGUCUGAGUUAUAUUCUCAUGUGGCUCGAUCGACUCACUUGGAAGCUUGGCCGUGAUACUAUGUGCAACAAGUAUGGAAAUAUGCCCAAUGAAGAAGAAAUAUUAGACACGUUGGCGGAACGUACACAACGAUUUGGACAGCACCAGCUUCAAGUGUUGUCCCAUUUACGCAAUGCAACCUGGAGAUUGAUGAAUGGAAAAUCACCUAUUCUUGUCUUUCAUUCUGUUCAAAUUGCCACAUCUCUUGUAAACCAUCAUCGUGGCCUGGAAGCUCUCGUAAGCACUGUAGAGCUUACCAAGGCUGGAAUAUGGGAGAUUUAUGGCAAUACACAAUCCGCGCGCGCUGCAAUUCAGCAGGUUCUUAUUGUAAACCAAAAGGAAUAUAGUGCCAAUGAUCUUUCCAUGGCAUAUUCUAAAAAUGCACUUUAUGAAGCAUCUGAAGGUCGCUUUAAAGAAGCCUUUUCCCUGAUAAAAACCGCCAAGCAACGAUUUCCAAUUGUUGGUUUUUUUGAAGCUUCCAAACACUGGCUUGUUGCAAUGGGAUAUAUACUGCUGGAUCGUGCGCUGUUUAGGUUGAAUAUGCCAUUGGCUGCUCAUAUACUCGCCAAUCUAUCAGCUCACUGCAUUGAUACACCGCACAAUAAUCAAGCCAUUAAGAUAUACGGAGCCCGACUUGCAAAAAGAUAUGGAAAACGUGACGAAGCCUAUCGACUAUUCAUGGAAGCAUCGGAACCACCAGAAGAAGGUGUCAUUGAAGGAUCUCUCAAUUACAUUCCUGCUAUGCUUGAACAAGCAGAUUUGCUAUUGGAAGAGGGACGAGAGGGAGCCAUUGCUGCACUUCCAAUCACACUAAAAUGUCUUGCUUUAGCAGACCAGUACUCUAUGAACUUGAUACGAAUAAUGGGUCUUGUCCGACUAAGUCAUAUCCUUGUUCAUCUGCAAUAUUUUCGACAAGCAUUGGAUCUAAUCACCGAGCUUCUACCAAGUGUUCUUGUGGCCGCGUCGGCUGUGGAUCGUGGCUAUACAUACUUUGUGCACGCACAAAUUCUAAUAGCAGCCAUGGCUGGCAGCGAUCGACCCAUAACUGGUUCAAACGCAACUGAACCUUUUACACUUUUGGAAAAAAAAGCAGUUGAUCAGUCAGUGAAAGAAGCAACUAGGCUGGCAGGCAAUAACACGGAUAAACGUAUAGUGACUAGCACUCUACAUUCCAUGCUUACCACCACUUGGGCUUCUGUUAUAUAUUCAUUGAAAGAAGCAGAGAAAUGUUAUAUAAAUCUUGCUUCCGUAUAUCAUCUUGAACGCUGCUACCACCUCAUGUCACUUGCAUACAAUAGAGCAGGAUUGAUAGCUGAACGCAACGAAGCAUGCAAAAAAAUGAGGGCUCUUUGUAUACCGUUUGAAGUUUCAGAUGAUGCAGAAAAUGAGCAAUAUACAUGGGAGUAUCAAAUUAAACAUUAA